CUUUACUGUUUCAAUGGAAAAGAAUAUGAUGUCAGGUUGUUAUAAAAGCUCGGCCCCUUAUCUCCUGAAUCAGCAGUUUAAAAUUCAAUCUUGUUGUGCCAACACCUUAAAUUGUUUAAAACAUUUAAUCAAAUUGAUCACUUUCUUUAAUUUAAUUAUCAACAUGUCACUUGUUAACGGUAUUCCAUCAACUAAUCAAUAUCCACGUAUUGGUAAACCAGCACCAGUUUUUAAAGGAACUGCUGUUGUCAAUGGUUCAUUUAAAGAAAUCUCUUUAAAUGAUUAUAAAGGAAAAUAUGUUAUUCUUUUCUUUUAUCCACUUGAUUUUACCUUUGUUUGUCCUACUGAAAUUGUCGCUUUCAGUGAUCGUGUUGCUGAAUUUAGAUCAAUUGGUUGUGAAGUGAUUGCCUGUUCAACUGAUAGUCACUUUACCCAUCUUGCUUGGAUUAAUACUCCCCGAAAACAAGGUGGUCUUGGUGAGAUGAAUAUUCCUUUAUUGGCUGAUAAAAAUCUUUCCAAUUCAUUGAAUUAUGGUGUCUACCGAGAAGAUGAUGGUAUUACCUUCCGUGGUUUAUUCAUUAUUGACGAUAAAGGUGUUCUUCGUCAAAUAACCAUUAACGAUUUACCUGUUGGACGAUCUGUUGAUGAGACUUUACGAUUGGUCAAGGCUUUCCAAUAUACCGAUAAACAUGGUGAGGUUUGUCCAGCUAAUUGGAAACCUGGAGACAAAACCAUUGUUCCCGAUGUUGCAUCAAGCAAGGAAUAUUUCUCAAAGGCUAACUAAUUAAGAAAAAACUUAAUUGGGUUUUUCUUCAAUGCAACAAUUACAUUGAUCACAACAUUUAUUAAUCUCUCAAUAAAUUAAAUUUGAGAAAGAAAAGAAAAAUGUUCUUGAAAAGGAAAUAAACAUCUCAAAGAUUGAAAUAAACAUUUAAAUUCCAAAAUUA